AUGGAGAAAAUUGACACCCAUUGUCACAUUGUAACCGACGGCUGGAGAAAAUGGUGCGAAAAGAUGGACUGGGACAAGCCUGAUGGGAUGCCAUGCAUACCGGCCUGGACCGCGGAAGGUCAUAUUGAGCUUAUGAACAAGCUUGGCAUUAAGAGAUCCAUUCUUAGCAUCACAUCCCCUGGCACCCAUCUGAAGACAGGAGAUUUUGAACUCGCUAAACAGGUUACACGUGAAACCAACGAUGAAAUUGCCCAAAUCUGCCGCAAAUUUCCUGAUCGCUUCAAGUUCUUUGCUUCCCUUCCACUCCCUGAUGUGGAGGGAACCCUCGAGGAAAUCGACCGUGCAUUGGAAAUUGGCGCGGUGGGCUUUGCAGUCAUGACCAAUGCCCAAGGGUACUAUAUGGGCGAUUCACGACUGGAUUCCGUCUUCAACAAGCUCAAUGAGCGAAAGGCCAUAUUGUUCAUGCACCCGACACAAUGCUGCUCAGUGGACAACCCGGACACCGACAAACCGCUGCCCCAAUACCCAACGCCUAUGAUGGAGUACUUUUUCGACACAACAAGAGCUGUUGUUAAUCUGCUCUUGUCGGGCACCGUGACAAGAUACCAAAAUAUUACAUUCCUGGUUUCUCACUGUGGUGCAACACUACCUCCGCUCAUUGAACGAUUUACCACUUUCUCUGGGUUGCCGUGGUUCAAAUGUGCUGGGGAGCUGACGAGUGACCAAGUUAAGGAGCUAUUUCGCACAAGAUUCUUUUUUGACCUUGCCGGCAUGCCAUUCCCGGAUCUGAUUCAUGGAUACUUGAGAGUUGGGGAGUCGAGUCGUCUGCUUUAUGGCAGUGAUUAUCCUUACACACCCGGAAGCAUGGUGGAAGCACUGGAUCAAAAGAUGGAUGUUAACCUUCAGCGGCUGUUUAAUGAAAAGGAUGUGCAGAGGAUAUAUACUGGUAACGCGGAAUCUCUUGGGCUGUGA